UGGACUCUCACUCUCAUUCUUCUUCAAAGUAGUUCAGCUGAAUAAAGCAGUUAAUAGCAGAGCUUUAACUAACCUCCUUCCUUGCUUACUUGCUUCCUUCUCUUCGCCUCCAAUGGCCGCCGCGGGAAGCAGCAGUUUCCGGAAGAGUUGCAGAGCUCUGAAUAAUGGUCUUGGGAUGAUGAUGAUGGCUGGGAGGAGGAGACUCUUCUCAACUCAAUCUCUGGCUGACUCUCCUCCUCCUAGUCAGAGCCUCCUCAGGGACACUAACAUCAAGAGAGAAGUUUCCCAGCUCAUUGGGAGAACUCCGCUGGUCUACCUGAACAAGGUCACCCAAGGAUGCGGGGCUUACGUGGCCGUUAAGCAAGAAAUGAUGCAGCCCACAGCUAGCAUCAAAGACAGACCAGCACUUGCUAUGAUAAUGGAUGCUGAGAAGAAGAACCUGAUCACUCCCGGAAAAACCACACUGAUCGAGCCUACUUCCGGGAACAUGGGAAUAAGCAUGGCAUUCAUGGCAGCUAUGAAAGGGUACAAGAUGGUCCUAACCAUGCCCUCUUACACAAGUUUAGAGAGGAGGGUCACUAUGAGAGCGUUUGGCGCUGAUCUCAUCCUCACUGACCCGACAAAAGGAAUGGGCGGCACUGUUAAGAAGGCUUACGAGCUUCUCGAAUCUACACCAGAUGCUUUCAUGCUUCAGCAGUUCUCCAAUCCCGCCAACACUCAGGUUCAUUUUGAUACGACUGGCCCGGAGAUUUGGGAGGAAACCAAUGGGCAAGUGGACAUUUUUAUCAUGGGAAUAGGUAGCGGAGGCACUGUAUCCGGGGUCGGACGUUAUCUCAAAUCCCAAAAUCCGAAUGUUAAGAUAUAUGGUCUCGAGCCAGAGGAAAGUAACAUCCUCAAUGGUGGUAAACCCGGGCCUCAUCAUAUCACCGGCAACGGAGUCGGGUUCAAACCAGAUAUUUUGGACAUGGACGUGAUGGAGGAAGUUCUUAUGGUAAGCAGUGAAGAUGCAGUCAACAUGGCAAGGCAGUUGGCACUGAAAGAGGGGCUGAUGGUCGGGAUUUCGUCGGGAGCUAAUACAGUCGCGGCUCUGAGGCUCGCAAGGAGGCCGGAGAAUAAGGGAAAACUCAUUGUGACCAUUCAUCCGAGCUUCGGUGAAAGAUAUCUGUCGUCGGUCCUCUUCCAGGACCUGAGGAAGGAGGCUGAAAACAUGCAACCAGUCUCAGUCGAUUGAAUUUCUUUUCAUGUUGGUUUUUUGUACGUACGAAGACUACUACUAAGGUGGUUGAUUGCCGGUAUGUAGUAUGAUCAGGUCGUGGCCACUUAGUUUCAGGACAGCUUAUCUUAGCUAGCAUAUGCUCGCCUUGAAAGAACCAGAGCCGUCUCGACUGAGUGUAUAAUAAGCUGUCUUCUGGUCCAUUUAUGUUGAUCGUGGUAGCACUUUAUUCGAGUCACAGUGGCUUUGAGUCUGUUCAAGAGCUGGGACGGAGUCAUAUACAAGCCGAAGGGGCAAUGACCAUUCUGAUUCCAUCGAGAAGAAGUAUAUAAGUCGAUCGUAAUUCGACCCAAUUUGCAGAAUGCUUGUAUCUUGAUCAACUCUUUAUCAUUUUUCCAGUUGUCUCAUUCUAUGCCGAUGAAAAAAUAAGAGCCAAGAAUUAAUUUUAUAAAGGGAUAGUUA